AUGGCUGCGCAGUCGAAGCUCCUGCCCUCGGACCGCUCGCUUAAGGGAAUCGUCAACGAGCUCACCUCCCUCUACUUGAAGCAUCGGACACGUAUCUCGCGCGCCGUAUAUCUCACCCUUUUCGUCGCCCUGAUCAACCGCGUGCGCAUCGCCAUAUCCGAACAAAAGGCUGCAUCUGCCCGUCAUGCCGAAGCCCGGAGGAAGCCAGGCACAGGCUCGACCGAAGGCGAAGCUACCUCGCGCAAGAAGGUUGAGCUCAAUCGCGACUUCUUCAGAAACCUCUUCAGGCUCUUGAAAAUUGUCAUUCCGGGAUGGCGGAGUAAGGAGCUUCGGCUGCUCAUCAGCCACACCGUCUUCCUGGUCCUCAGGACUCUGAUCAGUCUGUACGUUGCGGAACUGGAUGGUCGGCUGGUCAGCAGCUUGGUCAGAGGCAAAGGCAAAGACUUCUUGAGCGGACUGGUGUGGUGGAUGACAGUGGCCAUUCCGGCCACUUUCACAAACUCUAUGCUCUCCUACCACCAGUGCAAACUCUCCCUCCAGUACCGCACUCGCCUCACGAACUACAUUCACAACAAAUAUCUCUCUCAAAUGACCUUCUACACCCUCUCUGCCCUGGAUGAUCGCAUUAAAAAUGCAGAUCAAUUGAUUACCGUCGACGUCGCCAAGUUCUCGAACAGUCUUGCAGAGCUGUACUCCAACAUCGCAAAACCAGUCUUGGACAUGGUCAUAUACAACUAUUCGUUAUCACGAAGUGUUGGUGGGGAAGGCCUGUUCGCCAUGAGCUUGAUCGUCCAGCUUUCGGCCAGCAUCAUGCGCGCGCUUACGCCUCCAUUUGGCAAAUACGUCGCCGAAGAAGCGCGCUUGGAAGGAGAAUUCAGAUUUCAACAUUCAAGACUGAUAGACUACAGUGAAGAGGUAGCGCUGUACUCUGGACAUGAGGCCGAGAAGGAUACUUUGGACAAGGGCUACUUCACUCUGAUCAAGCACGUGAACCGGAUAUUGAGGAGACGGUUUUACCAUGGAUUCAUGGAGGAUUUUGUCAUCAAAUACUUCUGGGGAGCGUUGGGCUUGAUGCUCUGCAGCGUUCCGGUCUUUUUCAAGAUCCCUGGUGUGGCUGGAAACAACAUGGGCGACCGCACCGAGAGUUUCGUGACCAAUCGUCGCAUGCUUCUCAGCUCCUCGGAUGCCUUUGGCCGACUUAUGUUCUCAUACAAAGAGAUCAUGGAACUCGCUGGAUACACUGCCCGGGUUUCUACACUUCUGGAUGUAAUGGACGAGAUCCAAGCAGGACGCUUUGAGAAGAAGCUGGUGUCAUCCGCCGACACGGAAGAGAACGCGGCGGUGCUUCGGGGAAGAGGCCAAGUUUCCGAGGGCGAGGAUAUAGAAUUCGUUGACGUCCCAAUCGUGUCACCAAACGGCGAUGUCCUGGUCCGCAAACUCAGCUUCACUGUUAGGCCUGGAGACCACAUGCUAAUCGUUGGUCCCAACGGUUGUGGCAAGUCUUCUCUUUUCCGCAUAUUGGGUGGACUGUGGCCGGUCUAUGGAGGAACUGUCAGAAAGCCCCCAUUCGAGGACAUCUUCUACAUCCCGCAACGGCCAUAUCUCUCAAGGGGGUCUUUGCGACAGCAAAUUAUCUAUCCGGACGGGGUGCGCGAGAUGAGGGACAAGGGUAUCACCGACGCUGACCUUCUCCGCAUUCUUUCCGUUGUGGAGAUUGAGUCGAUUGUUGAGCGCCCGGGUGGUUGGGAUGCAGAGCAGGAAUGGACGGAUGUCCUCUCUGGAGGACUCCAGCAGCGAGUCGCUAUGGCCAGGCUGUUCUACCACGCUCCGAAGUACGCUAUUUUGGACGAGUGCACCAGCAGUGUUACUCUCGAAAUCGAGAAGGUCAUGUACGACGAGGCCAAGCGUUUGGGGAUCACUCUGAUGACAGUCAGUCAUCGGAGGAGUUUGUGGAAGUACCAUACGAACAUUCUCCAAUUUGAUGGUCAAGGCCACUACGUCUUCACAAAGCUGGACGCCGAAAGAAGAUUACAGCUUGAAGACGAGAAGGAAGACUUGGAACUGCAGCUUCGCGCAGUUCCCGAGAUUGAGAAGCGCAUUGCCGAGCUGACGGCUUGA